AUGCCGGAUAUCUCCGUCAAAAGCCAGAUAUUCGAUCUCGCGUUUCACCCUACCUCCUCGGUCGUCUACACCGCGCAUCUGACUGGCUCGAUCCACUCUUUCGCCUAUGACGAUGCUACGGGAGACUCGACGGCUGGCUUCACUCUCCGACCGACGAAACGCUCUGUACGAGCUCUGGCUUUAUCGCCCGAUGGUGGAAAGUUGUACGCUGCGGGGAAGGCCAAGGCGAUCCACACGAUAGAUACGACAACCGGGACCCAGAUCUCCAACUUGUCUUCGGCACACAACGCCCCAAUCAACUGCAUGCUACACUGUACACCCCAACUUCUCGCGACUGGCGACGACGACGGUGUCAUCAAACUCUGGGAUCCGCGCAUACUCUCAGACGCGAGCAAGCCGACGCGGGAGUAUACCCAUCACUUCGACUUCGUCAGUGAUUUCUUGUGGUUGGAGGAUAAGAAGCAGUUGGUUGCAACCAGCGGAGAUGGAACGCUCAGCGUCAUGGAUGUACGAGCUAAGAAGAUCGAGCCGUUCGCGCAUAGCGAAGAUCAAGAAGACGAGCUACUCUCAAUUCUACCAAUACGAGGUGCAACAAAGUUUGUAGUAGGCACCCAACUCGGCGUCCUAUCCAUAUUCUCCCGUCAAAAAGGCUGGGGCGACUGCGUCGAUCGUAUCCCGGGCCACCCACAUAGCGUCGAUGCGCUGUGUGCCUUGCCCUCAUCAUACCCGUCUUCGACAAACACGAUUCUCACCGGUUCCUCGGACGGACUCCUGCGCGUCGUAGAGCUGUUUCCUACGAAGCUUGUGGGAGUCGUAGCGGAUCACGGCGAGUGGCCUAUUGAGCGGAUCAAGAUUGAUCGGGGCGGCGAGGGAAGAUGGGUGGGGAGUGUUGGUCAUGAGGAUGUACUCCGGAUGACGGAUCUGAGGGAGGUGUUUGAGGAUGAGGAUGGUGAAGAGGGAGAUGCGGAUGCGAGAGAGGACGAGAGCGAAGAAGAAGAGGCUGGCGAGAGAGAAGAUCAGUUCGCUUCGCCUCGGCGACAAGUUGUCGCGCCGUCCGCGCUCGACGCCGAUUCGUCUGACUCCGACUCUGAGUCGGACGAAGACACCGCGACCGCUGCUGCUCCAGCCACCGCCAUCGAUCCUGACGUUGACUCGGAUGACGAAGAGGCACCUCCAGUCGCGGAAGAAGAGCCACAAGCGGAUGCGGACUCGGACUCGGAUGAAGGCGUGAAAGAACGAGUGAAGAAGCGCAAGAAGAAAGACAAGCUCUCGGGACGGGUUGCGAAGAAGGGUAGGAACGACGUCGAUGUAGCUGAUAAAGGGUUCUUCUCUGGGCUAUAG